AUGUCAGAUGAUGAUGUUGAGAUUAUUCAUUCAAGUCAAUCUGUAGAUAGUUUGCCACAAUAAUUCCUUAACAGUCAAAUUAUUCCCAACCUUUAAUCUGAUAAUCAAGUAAUUCGUUUUCUAAAUUUUAGAAACUCCAACAAAGUAAUAAAUCUUUAGAGAUGGAGAUCAAAUAAUAUAAAUAAUUAUUAGAGUAAACCUUAGAAACUCUACGAUAAUCUGAAAGAGAUCAAAAUACAUUAAGUAUUAUAAAUAUUCAUCUUAAUUAUUAGAACUUUAACUUUCCUAAAAGGAUUUCUAACUUUAUGCAAUAUAAGCUAAUGUAGAAGAACGUUAAAAAAGUGGAAAAAUAGAAUCUAAUUAAAAAUUAAAGGAUAGCAAUUCUAGUAUAAUACUGUAAAUUAUAAUAGACCGAGAUUCAUUUGGGAAUAAAUAAACAAAUGUUUCAUCUAUUGGUGGUUUUUUAUCAUCAACUUAAAGUCCUCGUUGUUAAUGUGAUGGAGUAAUUAACUUCAUUAAUUUUUUAGUUUAAUUCUAGAGGGUAAACACUUAUUGAAACUUUGAAGAAAAUACAAUUUUCAUUAAAAUUAAAUGAAUAAACUACUUAUUCUUAAGAUCUUACAAAAAUAUUGUAAGAAUUUGAAGACAAUUUAAAAUAGUUUUUAACUCUUCAUGAAUAAUUUGCAAUUGAAGUAUUUUUCAAUUCUAAAAUAGAUUCAUAGAAAUAGAAUAGAUUAAAUAGAAAAACAAUCAUAAAUUAAAUAAGAAUCCUCUCAUUCUAUGAGUGAUCAUUUUCAUUCUUUGGAAGAUUAAAAUACAAAUUAAAAUCAAAAUCAAUAAAUAUUGAAUAAUGAUGAACUUGACACCAGCCAAUUCGAAAGUGAAUAACAUAUCAAAUUGUAAUUUGAAUGUUUCGAAAUGUCAUUGGCAAAAUUGAAUGAGGAGGAAAAACAAUAAUGGAAAUAAAAAUUACUAUAAUUAAUUAACACUCUUUGA